AUGCUUUGCAAAACCCCCUCAUACAACCUCCCAAUAUCCCACCAUCCAUCCCCCCCAACUCUCAACUGCAGCUACAGGCCUCACUCCGCAAGCAGCCAUGAGACCCACCAUAUCACAGCCACACAAUCCUCUUCCCAACCCACCACCCUCUUCAACAUCAGGUUCCAAACUCUGGAAGCCUGCAGGCUUGGGAUAGGCAGAUACCCCGACUUUGACUACAAUGCCAAUGGCGGCACCAGCACCGGCACCGGCAUCGGUUCGGCCGCCGGCAACUUCGAUGCACCAGACAAAAUAUCCACCAUUUUCGACAUCGAAAAGCUUUACAUCCCGCCGUUGACCGGCGCAACGACGAGGUUUCUCGGCCUGCCGUUGCCGCCGCUCCUCAAGAUUGACAUUGCUCCUGAGAUAUUUCAAGGGAGUAUCAGUAGAUCUAGUGGAAAGGUGGAGCUGCAUUUCAGAGCCAAAUUCUGGUUUUCGAUUGGGAGCGUUUAUAGGGCGCCGCCAUUGAUGGUUGAGACUGUGCUGACUUCAGAGGAAUCGAAGGGGGGAUUGAGAGGGGGGAAAGGGGAGAGGUUGGAUGAAGAAGGCAAGUGCAGGUUGGUGGGAGUGGCGACUGUGGAUCCCAUUGAGGAUUCUAUAAUGAAUGCCUUUCUUAGUCUUCCGACCGAAUGCAUUGCUGAAAUUAAUGCUCAGAUUUUCAUGACAGCUGCUAGCUAAAACCUGUUUCUGUCAUGCAGACAAAGGUGUUGUACAUGAUUUGAACUAUUAUUUUGAUGUUUUCAUGCUGUGUUUAGGGUCUGGAGGUGGUUUAAAUCAUCGAGGAAUGA